AUGGCCUCCAAAUUUAGAAAAAUUACAAAUUUCUGCUCCAUUUCUCACCGUAUUAACUUAAUUUUUCCUGUUUUUGGGAAUUCGAUAGCCGAAGAAAAGGGACAAAAGAGGGCAGAGGGAGAGGUGAUCUCAAUCUCUCUCUCCCUUUGAUUAAUUUCUAUUAUUUGAUUCUUUUCUUCCCUCGACUUUUGCUCCUCUCAAUUAUUCAACAGAUCCAGCCCAAAAUUUCAUCAAAAAAAUGGCAGAAGAGCAGCGAUGUCAAGAAGCUCACCGUCUCUGCGCCAACAACUGCGGGUUCUUCGGAAGUCCGGCGACCCUCAACCUCUGCUCGAAGUGCACCGCAUCCAGUCCGCCUCAAGAGGAGCAAGCCUCAUCCCUGCCGAAGAUCGCCCACGCGUGCACGUUCGACUUUAAGAAGGUCGGGAGGGAGGAUAUCGCACGUGCGAACCCCCUGGUUAAGGCGGCCAAGCUGGAGAAGAUCUGAUGGGGGGGACGCUCGGCGGUGAUCGGCGGUUGUGGAUUUCUUUUCUUUUAUUUUCAUUUAUUUUCUUUUUUUUUAAUUUUAAUUUAUUUGGGGGGGUGGUUGGAUUUGAGUUUGGGGUUAGGUUGCGAUGAUUUGCAAAGGUGGGGGUUGUAUUUGGUAAUCUGAUGAAUGUUUAUUGUAAAGUAAAUAUUAUCGCCUUUGCGUUGCC